ACUUUUUUUUGCAUGUUCGAAUCAGUUUAAUUUUGGGUUAAAAGGCUUUUUAAAUACACACAAAGUUUUAGCAUAAAAUCAGUCUUUUUUCCUCUCCUUGAAUUGUGAUUAAUUCUUCGGUAGUAAAUGCAUGGAUGGGAGAGAAGCUAUGGCAUUAUCAGGAGGGUCAGGUCCUUAUUAUAUUCAAAGAGGAGUUAGUGCGCCUAGUUCCGCAUCAGUGACUCACACUAGUAUAGCUGCAUUUUACUCUCAACCAGGGUUCAGGCCCUCAUCUAACCCCCAGGUUCAUCUUCAGUCGAACAUUGGACCAACUUUUACAGGGGAGCCUAAAAAUGUCAGUUCUCCUCGUGGCAUUGACAUGGGUGUGCCCUCUGGGGAGCCACUUGGGGAGCCGGUUAAGAAAAAGAGAGGGAGGCCCCGGAAGUAUGCUCCUGAUGGGCAGGUUUCAUUGGGCCUUUUGCCUUUGCCUUUGCCUUCUAAGCCUAAGUCUUUAUCAGGGUCAGAUGCUCCUGGCCAUAAAAGAAAGAAAGGCCGUCCUCCUGGGACUGGGAGGAAGCAGCAAUUAGCAGCUCUAGGUGAAUGGAUGAACAGUUCGGCUGGGCAGGCCUUUGCUCCUCAUGUUGUCACUGUUGGAAUUGGAGAAGAUAUUGUAGCGAAAAUGUCAUCCUUUUCGCAACAAAGUCCAAGAGCUGUCUGCAUCUUAUCAGGCAGUGGUACAGUUUCCUCCGUUACUUUACGUCAACCCGCAUCGUCUACUCCUACGGUGACAUAUGAGGGUCGUUUUGAGAUACUAUGCUUGUCUGGUUCUUACUUGCUUGCCGAGGAUGGUGGACCACACAGUCGAACGGGUGGAAUGAGUGCUUCUCUUUCUACUCCUGAUGGUCAAGUCAUAGGUGGUGGGGUUGCAACAUUGAUUGCAUCAAGCCUGGUUCAGCUGGUGAUGUGCAGUUUUGUUUAUGGGGGAUCUAAAACUAAGAACAAACAAUUGGCUAGCCCAAAAGGAAAGGAUUCCAUGCCCCAAUUCUGCAGUGAAACAACUACGCCAGCAAGUGCACCUCCGACUCAACAUUUCACUUCCCCUCCUGUGAAUUCUUGGCCCAGUUCACGUCCGGUUGGUCUGAGAAACCCUCUCGGAGAUAUUGACAUGAUGCGAGGAUGAUCACUGCGUUCUUGUACAUUCGCGUUGUUGUACAUCUACAUAGUCUUUGAGAUGAAAAGUUUAAAAUCUUCCCGAUUCGUCCUAUAGGGGAAGUAGGUUUCUGCUAACUUAGAUUGUAGCAAAGUUGCUGUUCGUCUAGCUUUGGGUGGAA